UUGGAAACGCGGCUGGAGGGCUGAGGGGGCGGUGGGCGGGGCUUCCCUCCCAGUCCCUGCCUCCUCUGCGUUGCUAAGAAAACCAAAUUGCCCUUAUUUGUUUUGGGAAGCCGUUAAGUUUCUGCUCUGCUUCUGAAAGGCCACAGAUGGCUUUUUAGCUGGGAAUGGAGCUGCUAGGAGUUAAAGCCUUUGGCGCAUAACAGGAAGACAAGGCAAUCCGACUCCUCCUUCCUGUAGAGGAAUCCAUCUCCGAUCGCAUUUGCGCCUGACUGUAGCUAUUGCGCAGCUUUGGUGUGUCAAGCGCAUGCCGCUCACCGUUUGCACAUUCAGUUUGUGAAAAGACUUUGUGGUGUUAAUAUUCCUCAGCAUCAUGUCCAGCUCAAACCAGAAAGAGCCUGAACCUGCUCCGCCGAACCCUCGCGCCACAGUUUCCGAACCGUCUCCCGCAGCUUCUGGUGCCGAAGGUCCAGCGGAUUCCUUCGGCGAACACAACCUUAGCUUCACCACCACUGACCUCAGCCUCGUGGAAAUGACCGAAAUCGAAUACACACAGCUCCAGCACAUACUGUAUUCUCACAUGGAGGCCCAAGCGUGUGAAAGCGAGGGAGAAAACAGGCUGAAUCCGAAUAGCUUUUCAUCCAGCAACGCGAACCAGACCCAAUACCUGUCAUCGUCCAGCAGCAGCCAAGGUGGCUUUUUAUCCAACAGUUCUGGGAGCCAGUCGCUCUGCCCUAUUAUUUGCCAGCCUGACAACAGCUUCAUGGGUCCUCCUAACCAGUGCCUCGGGCAUAUUGACUUCCAGGAACUGAGGAUGAUGUUGCUUAGCGAGUCCAGCCUCCCUCCGAACCAAGCCGAAAGAACGCCUAACGGAAGCUCUGCAGAGACCUCUGGGCAGAAUGUAGUAAAAGUUAAACACGGCGACAGUUCGUGUGGGAUGAAUAAGGAAAACGUUCCUCUGGAAAAUCCAGCGCCGCUUCCGGAAUCCAGGGCAAAAUCGGCCGUCCGUGUUCGGCUGGAAGACAGGUUCAACAGCAUCCAGGCUGAAAUCCCCAGGGGUCAAGAAGGCCAAGAAACUGGAAUGCCCAUUAACAACGUAGUAACCCUCAUUCGCCAUCCUUCAGAAGUGAUGGGUGUUCCGCUUCACCAGCAGCAGAAUAAGUGUACCACAUUAGUGAAAAAUAAGACUGCUGCUACAACUGCAUUACAGUUUACAUGCCCACUGUUUAACCCAAGCGCUGCUUCUUCUGCAACUGGAAAUGCAAACUCAUCACAACCACAGAACUCCGGACCCUCUGGUUUAGAAGCAGCCAAACAUCAAGAUAUUGGAUUGCCCCGAGCAUUUUCUAUCUGUUACCAGCAGGAAAUUGAAGCAACAAAACAGACAGUUGGUCCUAGAAAUAAGGCUGUACCUGAACAUUUUUGGAUUAAGCUAGGAGGAGAGACUUUAUGUAAGCAAACUAUAAACAAAAGAAGUCGUAGCCGGCUACACCCCUUGGAAACCAAUGUACAGCGCAAACCACUAGGAGAUAUACAAAAUGUAUGUGAUAACCAAAGUACUGGUCCAGCACAAGCCACUUGGCAAACAGGACAGUCAACCCAGAGUACACAAAGUGGAAAUCAAGGUGGUGUCUCACAGCGUCGAGAGCGGCAUAACCGGAUGGAAAGAGACAGAAGGCGCAGAAUCAGGAUUUGUUGUGAUGAACUGAAUCUUCUUGUUCCAUUCUGUACCUCUGAUACUGAUAAAGCAACAACUUUACAAUGGACAACAGCAUUUCUAAAGUAUAUUCAGGAGCGGCAUGGGGAUUCCCUGAAGAAGGAAUUUGAAACAGUGUUCUGUGGCAAAACAGGCAGAAGACUAAAAUUAACAAGAUCAGAUUCAAUAGGAACAUGUCCAGCACAGGAGAUUACACAGACUGGUGCAUCGAUGGAGAUAAAAUAAUUUAACCUCUUAUUCAAGGGCUGCUGGAAAGUGAAAACAGAGGACAUCUUUCAACUUCUUUUUGCAGAUGCAGCAGCUCAGAUUCUCUUGUAACUCAAUGUAGCUUGCAAAGUACAUAAACAUUCAAAACAAAGGGGGAGAAAGUCACCAAUGUCAUUUAUUUAGCAAUACUGCCAUGAGAAAGGGAUUGCACCAAAGAGAAGGAAAACAUUGCCACAACCUAGGAAAUGGUAGUCCCUAUCCAUUACCCCUAUUUUGUUCCUUUUCUUUUCUUUUCUUUUCUUUUUUGCUUUGUUUUCCAAAUAGACAAUUAAUUCAGAUUUGUUAUAGAACAGUGGCAUAUUCUUUGCACUCUUUAACAGACUAAUAUAAUUUAUAUGUAUGUCAUGACAACCAGUUUGCUAUUGGAAGAAGAAGAAAAUAUUUUUAAAUGUAUAAAUUAUCUAAGGAUACUAACAUGUAUAUAGUAACUCAGAUUUGCUUUUGAUUUCUAACUGUUCAGCCCUGUAAAACUAAAAUUAUAUAGAAAAAGCUGUAGACAAAUGUUGCAAAAUACAGUACUAUUUAGAAUAUAUUUUGCACUUUCUCUGUAACAAAUUCAGAUAUAAGAUAUUGUUGAUGGAAUAUCUCCUGCACAUAGAUCCACCGAAAAGGAUGGCAGAAGCACAGCUGUGUAGCAUGGUGCAAGUCCCAUUAGUUUCACUAGCACUUUCAUAGGAAGAAAUGGCAGUUGAUUAUAUCUUCUCAGUGCAAAUGUUGCAUUUUGUAAACAGUACAUGAUUUUUAAGUGCACAUAUUUUCUUCCUUUUUUAAAAAGAGACUACUAGAAGCUAUACUUAGGAAAUCUGAAGUGUUUAAGGAAUAAUAUAUUGAACUGAAAGUGGCUUUAUUAAUCUGUAAAAAGAGAUGAUGCUAGUAGCUAUUUCUUGUGUAGAA